UCGCUUCCCCUCUCCUCUUCCCUUCCUGCAUCUUCCCUCCCGCUUCUAGGGUUUGGAUUCUUUUUUUCCCCGAUUGUUGGGCUUCGAUUGCGUCCUUAUUCUCCCCAGAGAUGAUGCAGCCGGCGGGAGGGAUGGGCCAGGCUCCGAUCGGCGACCAGCAACCCCAGGGGCAGCAGUGGACCGCGAUGUCGCUGCCUCAGGCGCCGUCGCAGGCGCAGUAUUACCAGAUGCAGGCGCCGCUGAUGUGGAACAACCAGCCCUCGCAGGUGCCCCCGCCUGUGCCGUACCAGGCUCCUCCGUCGGUGCCUAUGAUGGCCCAGCCGGCGUCUGCAGAUGAGAUCCGGACGCUGUGGAUGGGCGACCUGCAGUACUGGAUGGAUGAGGGUUAUCUCUAUGGUUGCUUUGCCCAUACUGGAGAGGUUGUUUCUGUAAAAGUUAUUCGGAAUAAGCAGACUGGGCAAUCUGAGAGUUAUGGUUUUAUUGAGUUUAUAACCCGUGCAGCAGCUGAACGAGUUCUUCAAACUUACAAUGGUCAAAUGAUGCCGAAUGUUGAGCAAACUUUCCGGCUUAAUUGGGCAUCAUGUGGAGCAGGUGAGAGACGUGGAGACGAUGGAUCUGACUACACAAUUUUUGUUGGGGAUUUGGCGGCAGAUGUUACAGAUUACCUGCUACAAGAGACGUUCAAGAAUCGAUAUCCAUCAGUUAAGGGUGCAAAAAUUGUGACUGAUAAGCUUACAGGGCACUCUAAAGGCUAUGGUUUUGUUAGAUUUGGGGACCCAAAUGAACAAUCAAGUGCCAUGUCUGACAUGAAUGGAGUUUAUUGUUCAACAAGGCCCAUGCGGAUUGGUCCAGCUGCCAACAAAAAGACAUUGAGUUCUCAACAAUAUUCUUCUGAUGGUUCUCAUCAGAAUCUUCAAGGAAUUGAAUCUGACAAUGAUCCAAAUAAUACUACUAUAUUUGUUGGUGGAUUGGAUCCAAAUGUCACAGAUGACAUUCUGCGGCAAGCAUUUGGCCUAUAUGGGGAGUUGGUAUAUGUUAAGAUACCUGUAGGCAAGCGUUGUGGAUUUGUUCAGUUUGCCAACAGGGCCAAUGCAGAAGAGGCUUUGAGACAACUAAAUGGAACACCAGUGGGUGGUCAAAGUGUCCGGCUUUCUUGGGGUCGUAGUCCCGCAAAUAAGCAGCAGCCACAACAAGAUCCCAACCAAUGGAAUGGAAACUACUAUGGAUACACUCAAAGCUAUGAGACGUAUGGAUAUGCCCCUACGCUUCAAGAUCCUAAUACAUAUGGAUAUGCUGCCUAUCCCGGGUACAAUUAUCAGCAACAACAGCCACAGCAGCCACAGUGAUUGAUUUUGCCUAUUAAAUGCGCUCAAACAACCAUGUGGUGUCCGGGACCGAAUACUAGCUGAUAAAUCUAGCGGCCUGAUCUGUCAACUAAUUCUUUCAUAAUCUAGACGCAGUCUAGGUGCUGCCCGGUUUAUGAUGCUUAGCUAAGAGCUUUCUUUCAGACGUUUGAACACUAGAUAUUUAUUGACAAUGUAGUAAUAAUUAAUGGGAUCGGAGCCAAGUUGAUUGAUAAGGGAUUACUGAAUCGUACAAUAUUUGUAAUUUCUGUAUCCAGCUUGCGAUGAGUCAUCGUCCACGAAAAGAUUUAUGAAUUGCUUAAA